AAAAGUUAAAGCAAGAAAGAAAUUAUUAUAAAUACCUGUCAAAAAAAAAAAAAGUCCAAGUCAUUUUAAUUUAAUAUUAUAGAAUUCACAUACCUAUUUAUUUAUUUUAUUUUUCUUAUAAAUCUAUACAUAUAUUCUUUACUAUGAAGUUCUUUACCAUCGUUGCUUUACUCGCUGCCAUUACUUUGGUUUCUGCUGCUCCUUGUGUAAAUAGUAAUCAUGAAGAUAAUAGUAAAAACGCAAAUAAGGAAAUUGUUCAAUCCGUCGGUGCUGUUGGAAAUGGUCGUCAUGGUAACAGUGGACUUCUUACGGGUCUCUUGGGUAGUGGUCUCUUAAGCACUACUACGAACAAUAAUUAUAUUAAUCAAAACGCUAAUAUUAACUAAUAAGACAUUUACAUAUAAAGCCUUAGUACUCAAUGUCAUCAUUUUUUUGCAUCCUUCUCUCUCUGUACGUAAUAUAUUAUGAACAUUUUCCUCUUUAAAACAUGAUUAUUAGUAUUUAUUUAAAAAAAAAGAAUAUAAAAAUAAAAUAAAAAAGACCCCUUUUCUUUUUCAUUUCCUUUUUUUUUUUUUU